AUGGAUGAAGUUAAACCAGAUCGCCGGCUCAAAGGCAAGACCAACUUCAUCAGUUGGAAACGCGAGUUUGAGCGAGCAGCCAGAGCAAAUGAUGUGCUUGAAUUUCUCACGGGCGAAGAAGUCGUCCCACCCAAGCCCAACAAGGACGAAUACUUUGUGAAAGUCCUUGACACCGAAACCCGUCGGUCUACUCGGAUCAAGAAAAGUUUAAGUCCGACAACCGAUGACGAAAACGAGACGGAUGAUGGCCAGGCAGUUGUAUUGACAACAAACAACACACUCCGAUGGCAAAUUGAUUACAAUGAUCAUAAAGUUGCGAAAGAGAAGAUGAAGAUGGCAAACAAGCUACUUGACAAAUGGAUUUCUGACGGCAUCAAAAUCGAGACCGAGGAUUGCUCGGACGCCAAAGAAGCUUACGAUUUUAUCAAGAAGCGAUAUGCGGUCACAAAUGAACGUGCGCGCGAUAUUCUGUUGAAUCGAUUGAACGAUCUCAAACUGGAUCACUGCGCAUCUGUGACCGACUACACCAAUCAAGUCCGCCAGGUCAAAGCUGAUCUCAAGACAGUCAAGUAUGAUAUGACUGACGACAUGUUCGCAACGGCUCUUCUUCAUGGCCUUCCUCCCAGCUAUCGCGGUUUCAAAGAGAAGUAUGACUGGAUUAGGUCGAUCAACCCUGACGAUUCUCCUGAUCUGGACUAUCUUUUUGAACGCAUGCAUGUUGAAGAAAUGCACCAGCUUCAAAUUAAAGAAGAGAGAAAGAUCAGGGAAAAGGUCAAGAGAGAUGCAAUCAGCAGCAACGGCAUCAUGAACACGGACAACAAUACUCGUUACAGGCCUAGACGGGAGGACAGAAGUCACCUCAAGUGCACCCAUUCUGGCUGUGGCAAGACUGGCCAUACCGAGGAAUAUUGCUGGGUUAAGAACCCCGAGAAAAUUCCACGAUCUCUCAAAGAAAAGUUCACCAACACCACCAACAGGGCUGUUAUCACCAAUGGCAUGGGUGGUGUCGCAGAAAUGGAUCUCCCCGAUUCCAAAGACACAUAUAUCCGGACUGAUGCUCUGGAUGCAUAG